AAAUAUAUGAGAUGAAAUGGAUCAUUUUAAUUUUGGAGGCUCAGAACUAAGUCGUGGAAAUGUCUUUCAAAUGUUUCUACGAAUUUCAAUAGCUUCAGUAAUAACAUAUUACUCCGUUAAAUGGAUGAUGAACCAAUUAGACCCAACCAGUAAAAAUAAGAAGAAAGCUAAGUUGCUUGCCGAAGAACAAUUAAAAAGAUUAAGCAAAGAAAAUAACUUCAACGUUAAUGUUCAGACGUUUACUGAUUAUGAGUUGAUGAUUGCAUCACACCUUAUUGUUCCAGCUGACAUAACUGUUAAAUGGAGCGAUAUAGCUGGCUUAGAUUCAGUUAUCCAGGAUCUUCGUGAAUCCGUUGUGCUACCAGUGAGACACCGUGACUUAUUCAAGGAAUCGAAACUUUGGCAAGCGCCAAGAGGCGUACUUCUUCAUGGACCUCCAGGGUGUGGAAAAACAUUGAUUGCAAAGGCCACUGCUAAAGAGGCGGGCAUGAGGUUUAUAAACUUAGAUGUGGCCAUCUUAACUGACAAAUGGUAUGGCGAAUCACAAAAACUUGCAUCAGCAGUAUUUUCGUUAGCUGCCAAAAUUCAGCCCUGUAUUAUUUUCGUCGAUGAAAUUGAUUCGUUUCUACGUGCCCGUAAUUCUAAUGACCAUGAGGCUACUGCUAUGAUGAAAACUCAGUUUAUGAUGCUAUGGGAUGGGCUUAGUACAAAUCCUAAUUCGGCAGUAAUUGUAAUGGGCGCUACUAAUCGCCCACAAGACCUCGAUAAAGCUAUUCUUCGCCGAAUGCCAGCUCAAUUUCACAUUAGUCUUCCCUCCGAAGUGCAGAGAAUCCAAAUUCUUAAAUUAAUAUUAGAAACUGAAGAAGUUGAUCGUAAUGUCGAUUUUAACCGCUUGGCUAAACUUACAAAUGGAUUUUCUGGUUCAGAUCUUCGAGAAAUGUGCCGAAAUGCGUCUGUUUAUAGAAUGAGGCAGUUCAUGCGCGCAAAUGAUAAACCAGAAAAAUCUUCAAAUUUAGCAAAUUCAAAUACUGAUAAAUCAUUAAUUUCUAUUACAAUGGAUGAUUUGCUUAACUCGCACCUUAAAAUGAAAGAGUCGAAAAUGCAUACUGGCAAUUUGUUUUUGGAAAAUCGAAUUGACUUAGAUUGAU